GUGGCUGCCGGCCCAGGUGCCACCUUCACAUCCAUCUGCUCUGAGGAGAGCAUUGAACAUCGAACGUUCAGUGCAGUGAUGAAUUUUGAACCUGCACGGAUCCUCCCCACAAGGUACGCCGUCCGCAUUGCAGCACACGAGAUUGCACAUGCCCUUGGAUUUUCUUACAAACGGAUGGAAGCACUCGAAAUGACAAAAAUCAUAUAUGUUACUGGGAAGAAGUUGCGGUGUCGAGUAAUAUCUGCAGUUACCACGAAUGUAUCUCAAAGGCACUACAACUGCAGCUCAAUUAUGGGUUUGUACUUGGAGGAGGAAGAUAGAAAAUUGACGAUGGUGUCUCACUGGGAGCGUCGUGACGCCAAGGAUGAACUGAUGAGUGUGUAUUUCGAUCUUCCUGGUGCCAUGUUGUACACAGCGUUCACGAUGGCAGCAUUUGAGGACAUGAAAUAUUUCCGUGCAAAUUGGGGAAAGGAGGAAACGAUGAGCUGGGGCAAAGACGCUGGCUGUCAAUUCCAGCAUCGCAAGUGCGUUGAA